AUGGCUGGCAAUGAAUCUGUUAUUAUCACUGUUGUUUAUGGGGCAUCUGAGGUGAUUGAUCGUCGGAAUUUAUGGACGGCACUGGAGACGCUAUCUCAGCAAUGCUCUGACAUCCCGUGGAUGGUGGGAGGGGAUUUUAAUGCAGUACGUGACCUUAACGAAGUAUGUGGCAUCUCAGGAGAUAUAAGGAUGGCCACCGAAGAAUUUAAUGCUGGUAUUCUGGAGGCGGGGCUGAUCCCACUUCCUAUGCAAGGUGAAUGGUUCACGUGGCAUAAUUGCAGUACGUCUAUGAGGAGUUUAUGGAAGCGGCUGGGUCGGAUUCUUAUUAAUGACCGCUGGCUGGCAAGGUUCCCGAGCGCCUAUUAUCACAGCCUUACUCCACGGACAUCUGACCACUCUCCACUGGUCUUACAUGGGGAUAUACAACAACAUAAUGGAGGCAUGUUUCGAUUUGAUAACUAUCUGGCCCAUUCACCCGAGUUUAUCCACAAUGUGCAGAAUAUUUGGCAUCAUGAGAUUGUGGGUAUUCCUAUGUAUGCUGUGACACGUAAACUGAAGGCACUUAAACCAGUCUUUAGACUACAAAGGAGAAAUAAGGGAGAUCUGACGAUGAAUGUCCAACUAGCCAAAGGUUUUCUUGAUGAGGCACAACAGUUGAGACGAGUAAGGAGGAGAAUCUUACAGAUUAAUGAUGAGAAUGGUUUCACACACACGGAUCUAGGGGAAAUCGCCCAUGAGUUUGUCUCAUACUAUCAGAACCUAUUAGGAGGCACCAGAAGACGGCUGUCAGUGGAUAUUCGUUAUCUUAGACCGUGGGCAAGGCACUGUAUCACUGAUGAGGAAGCUAAUCAAUUACUCCUUCCAAUCUCGGCGGAUGAUGUGAAGCAAGCAAUGUUCGAUAUUGCUGAUGACAAGGCACCGGGACCUGAUGGCUACUCGUCAAGGUUUUUCAAGGCGGCUUGGCCUGUGGUUGGGGAAGAAGUUACGAGGGCGGUACUAGACUUCUUUUCUACCGGAAAACUUCUGAAGCAGGUCAACUCCACGAUCUUGGCCCUGAUCCCAAAGAUGGGAUUUGCAGACGACCUCCUCUUACUGUGCAAAGCUGACUUAGACUCCAUCAGAGUCUUCAAAGAGGGAUUGGACUGGUUUGCGGAGGUGUCGGGGCUUCGGCUGAAUGUCCAAAAAAGUCACUUAAUCAUUUCACGUUCGGCUCAAAAUUUGAAGGACCAGAUGCUGGAUUUUUUGGGCUUUCAGGAGGGCCACCUUCCAAUGAGGACCCAUGGCAUCAUUUGGGUCCACUUAUCGAGCGAUUCCCUCAAGGUCCCCGCCAUCUUAGACUUGAAGAAUCAGCAAAACUCAGCUUAG